AUGGAAACCACCACUACUACCUUCUGCUCAUACCAUUUCUCACGUUCUCCAAAUAACCUCUCAAAACCCCCAUUUCAAGUUCCAAUUCCAAAGCCACCCCACACAAUUAAUCAGAAUCGCCAAUUCCGAUUCUCACCCAUCUCAGCCACAUUCAACUCCCCCAAAGGAUUCGGCCCUCCUCCCCCCAAGAAAAUCACCAAAAAGACCCUCAUCCCAAAGAAAGAUGAAGACGAGGAAGAAGAAGAAGAGAUAGAGAGAGAAGCAGGUGUGAUUCCAGAGGUAGUAACCAACAGAAUGAUGGGUAGAAUUGGGCUUUCCGUUGGAAUCCCAUUGUUUAUAGGCCUAUUGUUCUUUCCAUUCUUUUACUAUCUAAAAGUAGGAUUGAAGAUCGAUGUGCCGACUUGGAUACCCUUCAUUGUGUCGUUUGUGUUCUUUGGUACAGCCCUAGCGGGUGUUAGUUAUGGGAUUGUGUCCACCAGUUGGGACCCUAUGAGGGAAGGCUCUUUAUUGGGUUGGAAUGAAGCUCAAAAGAAUUGGCCUGUUUUCUGGCAAUCUCUUUGGGGUUCACCUGGUUCUAAAAACAAGUUUUGA